AUGUUGUCUAGAAAUAUUAUCAAUGGUAGUAGGUCGAUUGCCUGGGCAUCGACCAGAAACUAUGCCACUUUGAAAGAAGUUGAAACUAGAUUGAAGUCCAUUAAAAACAUCGAAAAGAUUACAAAGACCAUGAAAAUUGUCGCUUCUACUAGAUUGAGUAAAGCUGAGAAAGCCAAACUAGCUGCAAAGAAGAUGGAUGCUGCUGACAAACAAUUUUACAACAACGCCGAGACAAAACCUUUGGAAGCAGAGGGUGAAACUCCUAAAGAAUUGGUCAUUGCCAUCACUUCGGACAAGGGUCUAUGUGGUGCUAUUCACUCACAAUUGGCCAAAGCAGUCAGAAGACAUUUAGCUGAAGCUCCACAAGCUGAUGUCGUUACUAUUGGUGAUAAAAUAAAGACCCAACUAUUGAGAAGCAAUCCAGAUAAUUUGAAGUUCUCAAUCAAUGGUGUUGGUAAAGAAGCCCCAACUUUUGAGGAAUCUAGUUUGAUUGCUGACAAAAUCUUGACCGAAUUGAAUGCUGGUAUUUAUCCAAAGAUCUCUAUCUACUACAAUGAUCCAAUAAGUUCUUUGUCAUUUGAACCUACUAGCAAGCCAGUUUUCAAUCCAGAAACAAUUGAACAAUCCCCAUCAUACAGCAAGUUUGAAAUUGAUGCUGACAACAAGGUAUCCCGUGACCUUUUUGAAUACACUUUGGCUAACCAAAUUAUGACCGCAAUGGCCGAGGGUUAUGCUGCUGAGAUUUCAGCCAGAAGAAAUGCUAUGGAUAACGCUUCUAAGAAUGCUGGUGAUAUGAUCAACAGGUACUCCAUUCUAUACAACAGAACUAGACAAGCUGUUAUUACCAACGAAUUGGUGGAUAUUAUUACUGGUGCUUCAUCUUUGGAGUAA